AGCCCACAUUUUUCCACGUCUCUACCCAAAAAACAGAGUUUAGCGUUGGAGCCUCCAACGCCAUUUGUUUUCUUUCUUCAGCUUCGAUCACAAAAGUGAUCGGAUUAUGCUUCCAACGGCAAUACGGAGUACCGACUAUGAUGAAGAACGCUCUGGAGCUUGCGAGAGCGUUCGGGAAUGCGAGGAACUCUCCAUCCAUUGGUGCUCUGAGACUUGAUCAGCGCACUGUAGGAUCAAGGUUUCUGCGCUGGAUUUCUUCCCAAUCUUCCGCAGCCGUUGACGGCUGCACUAAGAGGUUCGCCGUGUUGUGGGGAAACGGAGAUUUCGGGAGGCUGGGACACGGCGGCAUUGAAUCGCAGUGGCGUCCUAAAUCCCUGCUGCCGUCCGCUUUUCAUGAUCAAAGCCUCCGCGACAUCGCUUGCGGCGGGGCUCACUCUCUUUUCCUCACAGAAAAUGGCAGUGUUUAUGCAUGUGGUCUCAAUGAUUUUGGUCAACUAGGCAUUCCGGGCGAUAAAAGUUAUACUCCUGUAUGAGCUACCAUUUCUUGUCUUUCCUACUGUUUCAUAACUUUCAUUCUAAUGAAUCUGGACUGGUGCACAACUUGUAUUUCUGAAGGGAGAUGUGCAACUUUAGUUUUGUUUAAAAACUUUAAAUGCUAAUAAUGAAUCUUAUUAUUCUAG